GAUUUAGAUAAACUGGAUAGUGUGCUUGCCGCACAAAUAAAACACUGCAGAAGAAUAAGUUAAGCAAUCUCACAGGUUUCCUAAUCUAAAUUAUCACUUAGCUAAUGUGUGUUGCGAGAUAAGUGCGAUCUCUAGUGAGGCGGAUAACGGUGGUGGUUCGCUGCAGCAGUGCGUGAAUUGUCUUUUAAUGGCCAAAUCAUGGAAUUUCGUCUUCGUGCUGGUGUGGCUAUCGGUCAUUCUCGGAGCUGGCAUCCAUUUAUUCUCGAAAGGAUUCCUGCUGACCCGAAUAGCGCAGACGGAUUAUAGUACGUGCCUACGGUACGAUGAUUAUCAAUGUCCGCUAGAGGAUGGUUCCCGGGUACCGUGUAAUGGUUCCGAAAAGGUUCGCUCAAUAUUACGCGAUGUCAACCAGUCGGCUAACAUUUGCUUACCACAGAAAAGUAAAGUUAUCGUGCUACUAAUCGAUGCGCUGCGAUAUGAUUUUGGAACUAUCUAUGAAGCGCCAAAACAGCCAUAUCAAAAUCAGCUAACGAUUCUGCAGGAACUACGGAAUCGUUACCCGGAACAUACUCGUAUGCUUCGCUUCAUAGCGGAUCCUCCUACUACGACUUUACAACGAUUAAAGGGAAUGACAACCGGUAGUCUGCCGACAUUCAUAGACAUUGGCUCGAAUUUUGCUUCGCCAGAAAUUAAUGAAGACAACAUUGUUGACCAAUGGGUGAGAGCGAAUAAAACCGGCGUAUUUCUUGGGGACAGUACUUGGACAGAGUUGUUUCCCCAACGAUUCCAGAGAAAGUAUGACUAUCCGAGCUUUAAUAUUCACGACUUGGACACGGUCGAUGUGGCUAUUGAAAAGCUGCUUCCACCGGAAAUUGGACGAAAGGAUUGGGACGUCAUUGUGGCACACUUUCUGGGUGUCGAUCAUUGCGGGCAUCGUUAUGGACCGAAGCACGAAGAAAUGGGUAGGAAGUUACGGGAAAUGAACGAAGUUAUCCGUAACGUUACGGAACAGAUGGACGUGGAAACGACGUUGAUCGUAAUUGGUGACCAUGGAAUGACCCAAACCGGUGACCAUGGUGGAGAGUCGACCGAGGAAGUGGAAGCUUUGUUUUUUAUGUAUUCCAAAGGGACACCAUUGUUGCCGGAAGAGUACGAUGGUUUUAGUCAAGAAAUACAGCAAAUCGAUCUGGUUCCGCUGGUGUCAAAUUUGCUAGGAGUACCGGUUCCAUACUCGAAUCUAGGGUUGGUGAAUUUUCAACUACUUCCAGACGUACAAGUCGACACGUUCUUGCGCUAUCAGCUGGCACUUCUUCAUUUGUGGCAAAAUGCACGUCAAAUUCAGCGAUACUUCCAGCAGUAUGCAGAAGCCAAUCAGGGCACUUUUACCGUUGAUCAACUGGAUGAUUUGGAGAACAAGUUUCUCAUUUUGACGCAGCGAGUGAAUACCGUGUACACGGAAGCUGCUUUCCAAAGUCUCUCCAAGGAUCUACGACUGUAUUUGAAGGAUAUUCUAGAUAGUUGCCGUGAUAUAUGGGUCAAAUUCGAUCCCCUACUCAUAUCACAUGGAUUGCUGAUAACGUUUUUAUGUUGUUUUGCCAUAUUCCUGUUGAUUGCCAACUCAAAUCCAAACCAACUGGGACAAAUAUUCAAUGGCACUACUAUUUACUACAUUGUGGUGCUCAAUUUUAUGGCUGCUGCAUCCGGCUUUUUCUUCUAUCGAGAUUUUAAUCUUACAUCUAGCGAACACGGCAUCAUUUUCUUUGCCUCAAUGGCGUCGAUUGCGGUUCUGAUGUUCCUGGUAAUCAAAAACUGGAUCAAUAUUACCGAGAAUCUUAGCCAGCAUCAGCAUUCGAAAAAUUUUGUCACCAGAAUUUCGUUCGUUUUCACGACUUGUGUUUUCUUUUCCAACAGUUUUAUCGUCGAGGAGCAAAAAGUGUUAUCCUAUGUGCUUAUUGGUUUCUUUUUGCUCGCUUUGUGGAACUUACAGAUGAAUAGCCAUUUCAAGGUAACCCGCUUCCGAUGGCCCGUAUUGCGUAAAUCGGCUUUAUUGAAACUCGCUGCCCUGACGCUGUUUGGCAUCUCGCUGGUACGAAUGUCAGAAAACUACUUCCGCUGCCGUGAAGAACAGGGAAAUUGCACGGAUUAUAUUAUGACGGCGCCGACGCCGGAUGCAAUGCGACGAUCGGCCGGACCGCAGUUUUACGGCUUUCCAGCGCUCGCUCUGGUAUCGUACAUUGUUUGUGCUCGGUUGUACCUCAAAACGUGUGGUAAUUUAACCGGAAAUGCCGUUAAUGUACUACUCGCCAGGUAUGGACCAAUGGUUGGUGCAGUCUGUAGCUGUGGCCAUUUCAUACUAUCCAAAAGCAAUACCAAAGGAAUUCCGCAAAUUCAUAUAGAUGCCCUGGCGUGGGUCGUUUAUAUUCUGUUGGCUGUCCAAAUUUUGACGGUGUUGAUUACUCCAUUGAUGGUCUACAUUUUACCUAAAAGGCGAGAAAUGAUGAAUAUUUUGUACGGUGAUCGGAAUAUAGCUCCGGAGAUUUACAGGCAGCUUAGAGACAACUACAAUUCUACAAGUUCAACCCCAUCGGAUGAAGUUCCAAUUGUGUGUGGAUUGGCAACCGUCUACUCAUCCGUGUUUAUUGCCAUUGGAAUCUUCCUAACUCUUCUGCUGGCACUUUUGCUUGGAUCAAACGGAACAGCCGGCCUUAUAAUAUCCCUCGUCGUUACAAUUUGCUAUGGAAUAAUUACCUCUAUCCUUCAGUACGAAAAUUCAACAAAUCUGCAGACUUGCCUGCAACCGACAUUUACCACGCUAAUAUCGUGGAUCACACUCAUGCAAUUCGGCUUUUACGCAACUUCCCAUCAGCCCACAAUGUCCCAAAUCGACUGGAAUGCGGCAUUCAUUGGCAGAACUUGGUAUUACGACAACAACAACAUCAUAUCGGCCAUCCUGGUGCUUCUAAACACAUUUUCACUGUCAUUCCUGCUAUCCGUACUUUUCCCGCUAAUUAUUUUCACUCCUUUCUGCGUGUACACGAUGUGGCCUUCGCUGGCACAAAAAGUUUGCCAACCAAAGCCGACCACCAUUGGGCCCCCGAAACGGGGCGGUCCCAAAGCUACGCGCAAAACCGAGGCCGGUAAUGUUGAGUACCGCUCAGUAACUGUUAACAGGCCGACAACGGAUGACGAUGCGAACGACACUACAUCGGGCAGUAAGGAAACCGACUUUGAUGUGACGAAAGGUGAAAUUAACCUGUACGAGAAUGAAAAAGCAUUCAUUGGAACCGUAUUCAAGGCGGGCUGCCAGCUGUUGCUAAUCCAGGGGAUUCGGAUAUUCUGUGCCAUGUUUGCCUGCACGCUACACUGUCGCCAUCUGAUGGUGUGGAAAAUCUUCGCCCCUCGCUUUAUCUACGAGGGCAUCGGAAGCUAUAUUGUUUUCAUUGGUGUGAACUUGGGUUUUUUGCUGCUACUGCGAGUACACCGAGCUGUCAACACGUUGAUCACUCGGAUCAACAAGGAUCGAUAAGAACACCGGAAGGAAGUGUUAUUUGCUGCCCAACUACUGUGCUGCCUCAAGUAUUGUGUGCGUGUGAGGCUCUAGUCGUGUUUAAGGUAAUCUCCCGAUUUAGUAUUUUUUAAUUUGAUCGUGAAUCGUAAUUGUUUCUACAGGAAGUUUUUUUGCUUUCGCAAGAAACCGGAGGAACAAUUUUAAACAUUUGAUUCUAGAUAUAAUGUUUACGUGUUCGACUGAUUGAA